UAUACCACCUAUGAUGUUCGAAGGGCUCAAGAUGUCAUAAAUCCCAAGACACCUCAUUGCAACAUCAUGUUGCUCAAACAUCAUGACGAUCACGAUGAUGAGGGCCACUACCAUUAUGCCAAAGUCCUUGGCAUACACCAUGUUAAUGUUGUUCGCGUAGGGAACGUGUAUGAAUCCUGCCGAUUAGAAUUUCUGUUCGUUCGAUGGUACAAAUCUUCCCAAAGUCACUCAUGGGGAACACACAGAUUAGGUCGCGUUCAUUUCAUGCCUCUGGCAAAUCGGCAUGCAUUUGGUUUUGUGGAUCCAGCAGUCAUUCUCAGGGCAUGUCAUAUCAUACCAGCAUUCUCACGAGGUCAGCGCAAUCCCAGCGAAUGCGGGAUUUCCACUGUUGUGGGAGAUGAACAUGACUGGCACGAGUAUUACGUUAACAGGUAA